AUGUAUAAGUUGCAAACCAUGAGUGAGCAGGAACAGCCCACCUACACAGAUUUGAUAUUACAAUUCGGCGGUUCAAAUGAAUUCAUUUUGGAUACAGGUGGUGGCAUCAUCACAGAAGAAGUGCUGUUAUCCGUGUACCUUCGGGCUGCUACCCAUCCAACUUGGUAUAACUGGGCCCGACUCUCAAAAGCGGUCAAAGCAUUGUUGAUGGUGAGAUCAUUUCCAGAUUUCUUCAUUCCCAUUCCGUUUCUGGAAGCCGAAAGUAUAACAUCUAACCUGGGUCUGGCCCCUAUGCGUGCAAUAAGUCAAUUCAUGCCAUGA